CGAAAAUGAAAUCAGUUAUUGGGCGAUUUGAUUUUUUUUUUUUUUCUUUCCUUCAGUUUGCAUCCCUAAAAUAUCAGUGAAGAAUAGAUAUACCGUAAUUAGAAAGUCCAAAAUUCGCGUUCCGAUUGCCCUCUUUUUGUCCCAAUUAGGGUUCUUGAGAACAACAUUUCUGCGUACAAGACACUUGACACUCGAAUUUCUCAAAUUCUUCAUUUUUUGGAACCAUGAGGAUUGUAAAUAGUUGAGGGGAUGAAGCUAUUGUGUAAAUUUGUGUAAUUUUUAACAGGAAAAUCCUCUGUUUAGUAGAUCAAUGGGUCGCUCCCGUGGAAAUUUUCAUGCCGAAGAAGAUCCUAGCCAGAGAUCAAGAAGAAAAAAGAAUGCAUCAAGUGGAGAAAAUUUAGAAUCUGUUACAGCAGGACAAGGUACUGGUGAUGGAAAAGGUGCAUUAUACCAUUGUAACUAUUGCAACAAGGACAUUACAGGGAGGAUUCGUAUAAAAUGUGCUGUAUGUUCUGACUUUGACUUAUGCGUGGAGUGUUUUUCAGUAGGUGGUGAGGUUCAUCCUCACAAAAAUGGCCAUCCAUAUCGGGUUAUGGACAUUCUCUCAUUUCCUCUCAUUUGUCCUGAAUGGAAUGCUGAUGAAGAAAUGUUACUUCUCGAGGGAAUUGAAAUGUAUGGCAUGGGAAACUGGGCCGAAGUUGCCGAGCAUGUCGGUACCAAGACAAAGGAUGCGUGCAUUGAACAUUAUAGGAAUGCUUACCUUAACUCACCUUACUUUCCUUUACCUGAUAUGACGCACGUUGUUGGUAAAAACAGAAACGAACUUCUUGCAAUGGCUAAAGGUCAUGUCGAAGAUAAAAUAGGGGAUCGUCAGAUGAAAGUGGAAUCUCCAUUUUCCCCUUCAAGAGUCAAGUAUAGAGCUAAAGUGAAUAAAAAGGGGUCAAGCACGGGCCACGGCAAGGAUAAUAGUGAUCCUCUAAAAAUGGAGGACCACUUAUCUGGGCGAAGCUUUGGUGGCAACAAGCCGAAAGCCGCCAAAGUCGAUGCCCCGUCUUCAACAGACGCAAGCGGUUAUAAUGCUAAGAGAGAAGAAUUUGAUCCUGAGUACGAUAAUGAUGCCGAGCAAUUGCUUGCCGACAUGGAAUUCAAGGAAGGUGAGCCAGAAGUCGAGCGUCAGCUCAAACUGAGAGUGCUUCGUAUAUAUUCGAAGAGGUUGGACGAGAGAAAACGGAGGAAGGAUUUUAUUUUGGAAAGGAAUUUGUUGCAAUACCCAAAUCAGUAUGAGGGCUUAUCUCAGGAGGAGAAGGAAUUAUGCAGACGUUAUGAUGUUUUCAUGCGUUUCCACUCAAAGGAGGAGCAUGAAGAACUACUUAAAACCGUUGUGUCUGAACAUAGGACACUCAAGCGAAUUAGAGAGCUCAAGGAAGCACGAGCUGCUGGUUGCCGUACAUCAGCUGAAGCCGACAGAUAUCACGAGAGGAAAAGGCGGGAAACUGAUCGCAAGGAAAGUUCUCAGGCGGGGCCCAGCAGCCAAGAAAGUCUUAGCGUGCCACUUUCUUCGGAUUCAUUCGGCACGUAUUCGACCAUGACAUCAGCAGGCCAAGCCAACUCAUCAACCGAUUCUGAUUUCAUGUCGAUUUCUGGGGUCAAUUUGCUGUCUGAAUCGGAGAAACAACUUUGCCGUGAGAUGAAGUUAGCCCCUCAACAGUAUCUGAAAAUUCAGGAGGAUAUGACUACAAAUUUUCUGACCGGAAAUAUCACCAAAAAAUCCGAUGCUUAUUCCUUCUUUCAGGUCGAGCCUAACAAAAUCGACAGAAUUUAUGACAUGCUAAUGAGGAAGGGGAUUAUUAUUUCUCAGUAACAUACAUUCAUAUUCAGAUUUGUCUAAAUAUGGCAUUGGAUCUUGUUCGAGGUAGCAUAAUACUGUAGGAAAAAAGAAAGCUUUUAUAAGUCCGGAUAUUGUGUUUAUAAUCGGGAGCCAGUCGAGCAAUUUUAAUGUUUUGGGGUUUGAUGUGCCCUGUAGUUAUGAAUCAUAAACCCAUCAUAGUUCAUGACUGAAAUUUUUAAUUGAGGUUUGUGUGGAUCUUUUACUAUUAAAUGUUACUGUUUCUUUGCCAUAAUCAUUAAUCAUAUUUAUAGUUUAGUAUUGUACAAACUCAGCAGGUCAGCUUGUGG